AUGGCACACAGACACAGCAGCAGUAGGAGGACUGACUCGCUGCCCUCGUCUGUGGCCACUCCGCUUGGUAACGGUCAGCACACACACGAGGACAACCCCAACCAUUUGGUAUACAAGAAGAUGGAGACCAUUAUAGAACGUAUGCAAGAUGAAAGCACUGGGGUUCCUGUGAGAACAGUCAAGAGCUUUAUGUCCAAAGUUCCAAGUGUCUUCACUGGUCAAGACUUGGUCAGCUGGAUGAUGAGAAACUUGGAUGUAGAAGACCAAG